AUGCUACUGUUCUACUGUGCACUACUGUUACCCAUCUUUACACACGCUAAAAAGUCGGAUGACCUGAUCGUGCUGACAGUGGGGACGGACGACACCCACGGGUUACAAAGGUUUGAGAGAUCGGCCCGCAUUUACAACAUACAGUAUGAGGUGCUGGGCAAAGGGCAGAAAUGGCAAGGCGGAGACAUGGCGCGCCCGGGUGGAGGUCACAAGGUCAACCUGUUGCGGCAGAAGCUGGAACAGCUCCAGCAGACGCACGACAAGGACAGCAUAGUCAUGUUCACUGACAGCUACGAUGUGGUUCUGCUCGGUGAUUCCCAAGAGAUACUGAAGCGGUAUCGUGACGUCGGUCAUCGUCUGUUAUUUGCCGCGGAGCCAUUCUGCUGGCCAGAUGCAUCUCUAGCCAAGAAGUACCCAGCUACCGACAUUGAGGAAAACCCAAGCCCCUAUCUUAACUCUGGUGGUUUUAUAGGAACCCUGGCUGAUAUGCUGCAGUUGCUGUCGAAGCCGCUCAGAGACGGCGAGGACGACCAGCUGUAUUAUACUCAGCUCUACUUGGACGAGCAACUCCGAGCUGAUCUAGACAUAGCUCUCGAUCAUCGCUCUCAGAUCUUUCAGUCACUUAAUGGAGCAUUCUCUGAAGUAGCGCUUCGCACGGACGAAGACAAGUGGGCGUUUGUAGAGAACACGUGGAGCAAGACAAGACCCCUCGUGUUACAUGGCAAUGGGCCGGCCAAGCGCGCCCUGGAUGCGCUAUCGAAUUACGUUCCGCGUGUCAGGACGGUUGACAACUGUCAAAUCUGCGAUGAAAAACGAAGGAGCCUAAAAGAAUUACCGCGCGUCACGAUAGCGGUUUUCGUAGAACAACCCACUCCGUUUCUGCAGGAGUUCUUCCAAUCCAUACUGGAUAUAGACUAUCCUAAGAAAAAUUUGGAUCUCUUCGUACACAACGCUAUUGAAUAUCACGAAAGCGAGGUUGAGGAGUGGUUCGCGCGCGAGUCCCAGCAGUACGCAAGCGCCAAGCGUGUACGUGCCUCUGAUCUAUUGACUGAAGCAGAUGCGAGACAGCUGGCCAAGGACCGUUGCGCGCAGAGCGUAUGUGAAUACCUCUUCAGCGUGGAAAGCGUGGCGCGCGUAACACCUGGAACUCUGCGGAACCUGCUUGCGAGCGGGUUCGACGUGGUCGCUCCGUUGCUGGCGCGUCCUGGCGAGGCUUGGUCCAACUUCUGGGGCGCUCUGACCGCAGACGGGUACUACGCCCGCGCGCACGAUUAUAUGGACAUUGUCAACGGAAAGUUAAAGGGUAUAUGGAACGUGCCCUUCAUCAAUGCUUGCUAUUUAAUUAAUAUGGAGCUGUUCCGGCUUCCUCGCCUCAAGGGGAUAUCUUACAGUCGGGAAGGUCGAGACCCGGACAUGGCGUUUUGCGAGAGCCUGCGAGAUCACGGCGUGAUGUUGCACGUAAGCAACGAAGAGUCGUUCGGCCAUCUCGUGAACCCGGAUACGUUUGAUACCCGGUUAACUCACCCGGAUAUUUAUCAGCUGAUGUCGAACCGUCGUGAUUGGGAGUCUCGCUACAUUGCCCCCGAGUAUUGGAAGAGCUUUGACGAAGGCAACGACCCAGCUAUGCCUUGUCCCGACGUUUAUUGGUUCCCCUUAAUGACUGAACGUUUCUGUCAAGAGUGGAUUGACAUCAUGGAGGCAUACGGAAAGUGGAGCGAUGGGUCAAAUAAGGACACGCGAUUGGAGGGUGGGUACGAGGCCGUGCCCACUCGAGACAUACACAUGAAACAAGUGGGGCUGGAGGUGCACUGGCUGACCGUGCUGAAGGACUACGUCCGACCGUUGCAAGAGAUGGUCUUUAUCGGAUACUUCCAUAAUCCUCCUGUGUCACUGAUGAACUUUGUAGUGCGUUAUCGACCUGACGAGCAACCAUCGCUUCGCCCCCACCACGAUUCUUCCACUUACACCAUCAACUUGGCACUCAACACUCCCGAGGUGGACUAUACAGGUGGAGGUUGUCACUUCCUUCGCUAUAAGUGUUCAGUGCGUUCAACUCGCCGCGGCUGGCUCCUGAUGCAUCCAGGCCGUUUGACCCACUACCACGAGGGUCUACCAGUAACCAAUGGCACCAGAUAUAUAAUGAUCUCCUUCGUUGACCCAUAG